AUGGACCUUGAAUGGGAGCUCUUCAGGACCCGUGCAGCCGAAAGCAAGGCCAAGGGCCCACUACCGCCACCACCUGUGCUGCCACAAGUCGUGACGACGAGUAUGCGGGUCGAGGAGCUGGAAGAGCCCAAGCCGAAGCGGAUCCGCACGCCGCUCCUGGCCGCGCUCAAGAACAACCGCUUGUCCAGGUCGCUCGACAUGCUGCCGGUGGAGGACCUCAACGCCACCACCGCCACUGCCCAGGCCAAGUCCAAACCGAGCAAGCAAAAGAGCUUCACGCCCGAGUCGAGUGAGUCCACCAGCAGUAUCAGCCUCGACAGCACUCCCGAGACGACGCGCCGCAGCCGCAAGGGGGCUCGUAAGGACGCGAAGUCCAAGCCAUCACAGCCCGUAUCGCCGCGCACCUCCUAUGACAUGUUCAAGCGAUUCGGGCGCAAGAAGGACAAGGCGCCCGACACGGCGUCAUCGCCACCCAAGACCCUCGCUCCUCCGCCGGACCGCUUCCACAGCAGCCAGUUCAAGCCGGGUUCGCUCGACGAGGGCGAGCAGCGGAACACGAGCUCGUGGGGCCGCGCGUGGGGCCGCAAUGCGGAGCGGCGCAAGGAUAGCAGCGGCAGCGAACAGCCCACGGCCGCCAACCCCCACCACUUUGUUAUACCGCACGACCUGAUGCGGCGCACGCUCGACCGCCUCCCCGCCGAUGUCUACUUCAAGCCUCUGGAGGAGGGCGAACCGACCGGCGACGAUACAGCUGCCCCGUGUUACAUGGAGGGGCCGGACGACAGCGAGGCCGAGGUGGCCCUGCCCUACGCUGCAGGUGGCUGCUCUGGCUCGCACAGCCGAGACAGCGACGCCAUCGGCGAAUCGGGCGAAGAGCGCGAUUUAGGCAGAGAUGGCACGGUGCGGGCGUGCGGACAGUCAGUGUCGACCUACCCCCGCAGCCUGCACCAGCACUCGCUGAUCGUGAAGCAAUCGUCGAGGAGGGAACUCAAACCAACGAGCCAGCCAAGCGCAGAGCGCAGCACGGGGCUCUAUAUCGACGACGCGCUGCGGGGGCGGUCACGGAGCGAUGCGAGCAGUGCGGCGAAAGGGAAGGGGAAGGUGAGGAGAGGAGCGCACCGGGUCAUGGAAAUGAUGGGCGUGGGUGCCAACACCAACGACGAAGACAGCAAGCGGUCCAUUCGACAGGCUGCCGAGUGUUUGAUGCAGCUCGUGGCCAAGGCCCACAACAACAUAAUCUCCGGCAAGGAACCGUGGGAGUGUGGUACGACCACGGUGUGCGCAGGUCUCGUCGUUGAUCUGGACCUGAGCGCUCCCAAUUCCCCUUUGACGGUCGAUGACCCGGCCAUCAGCAAGCGGUCGGCGCUGCUGUUCACCACCGACAAGAGGCCCGGGACGAAGCACACUUCGCCCCGCCGUAACUCCGAUGCCGAUGGGGGUCCCGACAGCAGGAAGCGGCGGAGGAAAGGUCUGUUGGUCGUUUCGAUCGGCGACUGCAAGGUGUACCUGUACUCCCAUGCCAGCGGCACAAUCAAGGACCUCACGGAAGGCAACAGGCAGAACGCGACGUCGGUCAACGACUGCGGCGGACGUCUGGGCCCGGCGUCGGGCAUGGAAUCGUCCGACCCCGACCUGAGAAAUCUCGAUCUCUAUUUUGCCGAGUGUGACGAGGGCGACUGCGUGUGGGCGGUCAGUGAUGGCGUCCACGACAACUUCGACCCUCAGAUGCUGGGCCUUAUGCCUCACGACCUUGAUGAACAACAGGAAUCAGUUACGUGGGACGACCUCGCCCCGGAAACGGCAGCGCGCCUCAAGAACGAGUUUGCCGUUCGGUUUCACCGGCAGCCCUCGCCUCGCGGCGAGGCCCAGAAGCAGCAGGUCGACGAGCAGCUGCGACCCUCCCUCUCCACGCUGACCCAGAUGCUGCAGGAGCCCAGCUCCACCCAGAUCUUCUACGAGACGAUGAGCCGCGGCCAGCGAAGCUGGGAAAACGCGCCCGUGGUGGUGCUGAGCGAUCACGGCCGCGACAACUACCUCGCCGUUCCCGACGUGUCGGCGCCCGAGACUGAGAGAGAGGUGGUCGACGACGCCAGUGGGUGCCCCCAGGAGCCAGCGCCAGCGCUGCCGGAGCUGUCGCGCCUAGCGAUCUCGGGCACCAAGCGGCCCACCACCGACGGCGAGCGCGUAGCUGGCCGCCAGCCGAUCGUGCUCAGCCCGGCGGACGUGACGCGCAAGCUGAUCAGCCUGUGUGUGGAGCAGACCCUGCACACACGCAACUUCAUGGAGCAGAACCCCGAAAAGCGCCAACCGUGCGACUACCGGGCCUUUCCGGGCAAGCUCGACCACACCACCUGCCUCGCCUUCCACACUUGA